AUGGAUUUCUCUCGAAGAAGCUUCCAUAGGAGCAGCAGCUCCUCCAGUCACACUGGUCUUAGUCCCUUCAGGAAGGGGACUACACAAAGUUUCUAUGCCCCCAGUGUCUAUGGUGGGGCUGGAGGUCACGGUACCCGAAUUUCAAGCACCAAAUAUGUGGCCAACCAUGGAGGUGGUGGUCUCAGUGGAGACUUCUCUGUUGGCAAUGAAAAAUUCGCGAUGCAGAAUCUAAAUGACCGUCUAGCCAGCUACUUGGAAAAAGUUCGUUCUCUGGAGCAGGCCAACUCCCAGUUGGAACUCCAGAUCAGGCAAUGGCAUGAGAAGAACAUUCCUACCAUUGGCAAGGACUACAGUGCCUAUUUCAAAACAAUUGAAGAUCUCCGAAAUCAGAUUAAGGCUGCCCAGCUGGGCAAUGCCCGUUGUAUCCUGGAGCUUGAUAACUCUAAGCUGGCUGCUGAGGAUUUCAGAACAAAGUAUGAAACUGAGCAUGCAAUGAGAUUGUCUGUUGAGGCUGAUCUCCAUGGACUAAAUAAAGUCUUUGAUGACCUCACCCUACAGAAGACAGACUUAGAGAUACAAAUUGAAAGUCUGAAUGAAGAACUGGCUUUCCUCAAAAAAACCCACCAGGAGGAAGUUGCAAACUUGCAAGGACAGUUGGGUAAAACCGUCAAUGUAGAGGUGGACGCCGCUCCCGGCCACGACCUCGGAACCAUCAUGAAUGAAAUGAGACAGAAAUAUGAAAUCAUGGCACAGAAGAAUCUUCAGGAGGCCAAAGACCAGUUUGAGAAACGGAUUGAAGGUCUGCAACAAGAGGUCCUAGUGAGCACCAAUGAGAUAAAGACCGGUGAGGCCCAAGUGACCGAGCUGAGACGCACCUAUCAGAGCAUAGAGAUAGAUCUCCAGUCACAGUACAGCAUGAAAGAGUCUUUGGAGCGCGCCCUCGAGGAGACCAAAGCCCGGUACGCUGCGCAACUGGCUCAGAUUCAAGCAUUAAUAAACUCUGUGGAAGCCCAGCUGAUGCAAGUCCGAUCUGACACCGAACGGCAGAACGAGGAAUACAACGCCCUUCUCGACAUAAAGACCCGCCUGGAGAUGGAAAUUGCCACUUAUCGCCGCCUCCUGGAGGGAGAGGAUGUCAGGUGAGGCAUCUCCUCUGUCAGCCUCCUCUAUGGCAGAGAUAUAAAGAAAACCAGGAAAAUUAAGACCGUUGUGGAAGAAGUGGUAGAUGGCAAGGUUGUGUCAUCUCAAGUCAAAGAAAUAGAAGAAAAGUUAUAA